AUGUCCUUUGACGGAUUCAACUCACCGCCACGAUCCCCCAAACGGCGAAGAAUCUUGGCUUCAUACAACCCUGUUCCUUUUGCUGCGCCUGUUGCACCCGCAACAAAAAGCGAUGCUUCUGAGGCCUUAGGCGGUAGCAAUGCAAGGGCUGUUGGUGGGGGUGGGGAUGGUGGUAGUAGGAGCAAGCACCGCCACCGCUCACGGGAACCGGAGCUGGACAGGGGCCGGUCACGGUCAACUUCACUAGUGGCUGAAGCCUCAAAGGGCAGCAGCAGGACGGAUAGGGGUGUCAGUCAUGACCGCGGUAUUUCCAGGACUGGGGUUGGGGAGGAUGUCGUUGGUGGGGAUCAGGAUGGGGAAGGUGAGCGUGAACGUGAACGCAAAAGGGAUAGGGAUAGGGAUAGGUAUGAUGAUGGGGACCAGGACCAGGAUCGGGAUUCCGAAGGAAGGAGGAAGAGGGAGAAGAAGCCCAAGGUGACCAAGUUCCGGUUCAAAGACAAGGAUAGGGAGUCACGGAGGAGGAGGAGACGAUCACGGUCACGGUCGCAGUCACUGACGGGAUCACGGUCACGCUCGCCUAGACCAGACCGACACCGUAGUCGCCGGCAUCGCUCCGAGGAGGAUAACGAGCCUAAAGACGGCGAACCCCGUCGCAAACACCGACAUCGUCACCACCACCGGCGGCACCGUCGCCAUCGCUCACCCACACCCACUCCCGCUCCACAACAACAACAACAGCCCGAUCCCGAAGAGGAAGACCCCUUCGCCGAACCCCCACUGGACCCCGAAGCCGCCUUCCGCGAGUCCCUCUUCGACGCCAUGGCCGACGACGAAGGCGCCGCCUACUGGGAAGGCGUCUACGGGCAACCGAUCCACGUGUACUCAUCCGCGCGGGAGCGGGUCAACCCUGAGGGCGAGCUCGAGCGGAUGACGGACGAGGAGUACGCCGCGUAUGUCCGACAGCGGAUGUGGGAGAAGACGCACCAGGGCUUGCUGGAGGAGCGAGAGCGGAGACAGAAGCGGAAGGAGGAAGAACGGAGGAGAGAAGAGGAGGAGCGGAGGAUCGCCAAGGAGAUGGAGCGGAGCUUGAAGAGGGGCGAGGAGAGGAGGAAGAGGAGGGUGUGGAAGGAUAGGUGGGAGGAGUAUCUCAAGGCGUGGCAGGAAUUGGCUGUUGCUGCUGCUGCUACAGAAGGUGGGAAGAAAUUCGACGCGAACAAGAUUCCUUGGCCUGUGAAUAGGGAGGUGGCUGUGGGUGGGAAGAUUGAGGAGAUGGAUCCGGAGACGGUCAGGGCGUUCUUUGUGCAUGGGAUAGGGCUGGAGGAGUUGGGGGAGAAGGAGUUUGCGGCAAGGCUGAAGGACGAGAGAGUACGCUGGCAUCCGGAUAAGAUGCAGCAGCGAUUGGGAGGAGAUGCCGAUGCUAUGAUCAUGAGGGAUGUGACGGCGAUCUUCCAGAUUGUCGACAAGCUGUGGAAUGAUACACGGAAGAGCUCAUGA